AUGGUACCUUGGGGGAAACUUCUGUCUUUGACGAUCAGGAUGUUUACUAAGCCUGUCACGAACUACAUAAAACUAGGACUAAAAAGCAACAACAGGCAAUCCAUGUAUACAAAAAAAGUCCUUGUUAAUUUAGGGCAAUUUUAUCAUACCAUUAAUAUUAGAAUCCAAAGGCGAGCUUUUAAUAUGUCUGGCGGCGACUCUUAUAUCAAGCCUCUAACAGAAGAUAAAGCAGUUGACCAAGGUAUCGAAUUUUUUGGAGAAAUUUUAGUUUAUGGGACUUUGUUUACAUGGGGUAUGUAUGAACUGAAUAAGUAUCAUCAAGAAGGAAUUAGAAAAGAAGCAAGCAAGGCUGAGGUUUUAGCAAAUAUACAUACGAAUAUUGAAGGAUUGACUGGGAAAUUUAGUAGUGUCCAAGAAGAAGUUACGAAACUUAGAGGCCAGUUAGAUGAUAUUGAGAGGAGAAAAGAAGUAUUGAAAGAAACAAAGGCUAAUAUUGGGGAUUAUCGAGGAAAUAGUGAUAUGAAGCAUGGAAGAGUCAAUUUGAUAAAAUUAGAUGAUGAAAAAGAAGAUAAAUCUAGCUCAGUCCAUUUGGAGGUACAAGAUUUUUCGCAAGCUCAGAGAGGUUGCUCAUUUUUUUAAAUUUUAUAUAUAACGCGUUUUCCAUAAAUCCCUUAUUUUUACAAAAAUUCGAAAGCAAAAUGCAUUAAAUUUAUAAAUUUUAUAUUGUAAAAUUAAGAUAUUUCAAAUUUAAUAGGUGUGGCCAAAUUCCAAUCAAACUAUUAAUUAAUAUCUAAUAUAUUUUAUUAAAAAACUAUUACAUUUAUUUUAUUUAGACAUUACUUCCUAAUAUAGGAUCUUUCUAAAAGCUUUUCAAAAAUUAAAUCUGAAGAAAAUUCAAUUUAUCCAUGAAAGCUCAAACUGCAACACUUCACUGAUCUUUUCUUCAGAUUAAAAUAACCCCCCUAAAAAGCAGAAUUUUUCAAUAAUUUUGUUCACUCAUUAAAGGACAGAGUAAAGCUAAAUAA